AUGUACUCCCUUGCACAAACAGGACCAUCGGACCAUCUUGGUUCGCCAUGGGUUAGUGCCGGGGAUGGACAGCACAUGAAUGAUUUCCCAGGACAUUCCGUGGAUGCCGAGGAUUAUUCCCUUGCUGUCUAUGGAGCUCCCACGCCUCCCCAUGGAACCGAAUUGGAUUUGACCGAGGAGUUCCGGAAUAAGUGCGCUUCCCCGCGCUCAGAGUCUGUGAAGAGGUUAUCAUCUCGCAGCCCCGGAAUUUCCUCAAAGCGGAGGAAUACCAAAUCUAGCGGCGUCUCCAAGACCCAGGCGAGACUCGCACCAGCCCCGACAUCAUCAAGGAUGUCUAGCGCAGGCUUGACAGGUAAUGCUAUGUCUUUCCAGAACACUAAUGGCCACUUCACGGGCUUGAACCAGCCCCUAUUCCAGGAACCGGAACAGGCAGACACCCUCUCCCACAUGUACUAUCAGGAUUUCUCCGGCCUUGAGUUUGGCAUGGCCUCAGUGACCGGAAUGCCCUUCCCCGAACUUAGCAAUCCCCUGCACGUUGAUCCCACCCACAUGCAGUUUGACCCAGACACCAGUCUCACUGCUACCUCCACUCCCCGUUCCUGGAAUGCCACUUACACCCCUCCCCACUCGCCCCAAAAUGCGGAGGAGACCUGGUACCAGCCAUCUCUCGGUUCCUCAUCAGAGAGCGCGGGAUCUUCGCCCUCUGAUUACGGUAUGGGACAGACCUACUCCCUUGGUCAGGAUCUUGCCCUCCAGGGACUCGGCGGUAAUGGCGAUAUCUCUGCCAUUGGCCGCGAUGAUUCCUUCGUAGUCUCCACCGGGCCCGCUCGCCGAUCUAGGUCUGAAGGUGAGACCGCAAGGGACCACGACCUCUACAAGAAUGCCGCCCCUCAAGCGGAUGGCCUUUUCCAUUGUCCCUGGGAGGGAACCGCAGAGUGCCACCACAAGCCUGAGAAGCUGAAGUGCAACUACGACAAAUUCGUCGACUCUCACCUUAGGCCCUACCGCUGCAAGGUAGAGUCGUGCGCUGAAGCCCGCUUCUCUUCCACCGCCUGCCUUCUCCGACAUGAGCGCGAGGCCCACAGGAUGCACGGCCACCAGGCUUACAACUGCACUUACAAGGGAUGCGAACGCUCCCUCGAGGGUAAGGGAUUCCCCAGGGCCUGGAACCUUAAGGACCACAUGAGGCGUGUCCACAACGACCAUGGCACUGGUCCCAGCUCCGGAUCCCAGCGCGGAACUGAGGAUCAAACCAAGGCCCGAAGGAAGAGCAAGACCUCGACCUCUGCCAGCAGCAGCCGCAAGUCCUCCAAGUCCAUGCCUACGGUCGAUCACGCUGCCGAUGAAGCCAUGGACCGAAGGCAGCAGGACUACAUGGCGUGGGACGACUACUACAAGUCCCUCCAGGGUGCCGUUCAGCAACUCGGCAAGCCCGCGGAUAUCGAGGCUGGCAGGCAGCUCAAGAAGGCCCAGGAAUACCUCAACCAAAUGUCCUCGGUGUUUGACCGUAUCCACCCCAAGGCCGCUGGUUCUUCUCGCCGCCACACUCUUGGAGAUUGA